UAAUUGAAUAAUUUGUAUAUUUUGUUUAGAAUUCAAAAUGGCUUUCGGUGAUUAUCCAGCUGAAUACAAUCCUAAGGUGCAUGGUCCCUAUGACCCAGCUCGCUUUUAUGGCAAAGCUGAUGUUCCAUUCGGCCAGGUUAAAUUGGGUGAAUUGGGAGCUUGGUUCGGUCGCCGCAACAAGACCCCCAGUGCCAUUGCUGGCGCUUUCAGUCGUGCCUGGUGGCGUUGGAAUCACAAGUACGUGCAACCCAAGCGUGCUGGUAUUGCUCCAUUCUUCCAGCUCACAGCUGUGGCUAUGACAUUCUUCUAUGCCAUUAACUACGGCAAGUUGAAGCACCACAGAAACUACAAAUACCAUUAAACGGA